AUGAUCAUGAGGUAUGGGGAAUCAAAAUCAAUUAGGCAAUUCUAUUACUCUAUUUCAUAUUCACGGUAUUCUUCUACACCUUCAAACACCGAAACCAAUUUCUUUGUUGGAAAAAUGGUAUUUGGUAAAGAUAAUCCCGUUCCAGAAAGUGUUGAUGUUACCUUGACUGAUUCUGAUAAUGAAGAUGGAGUUCUAGGCGUUGCAGAAAAUGUUGAAGCUCCUCAAAAUGUUCAGGCUUCCAAGGUUGAUAAACCCCUGUUGCAGGAAGUGGACAUAGUUGGUGUAUCAGGGAGUAAAAACGCAGGGGGUUCAAAGAAAUGGGUGUGUAAGCACUGCCAUCAAAUGUUUACCAGCUCUUAUACUAGAAUUCAUGUACACUUUUUUGGUGCUGCAAUCAGGAAAGCACCAGAAAUCAAAAGGUGUCCUACUAUACUCAAGGAUCGGGUUAAAUAUCAAAGCUUGUUAAACAGAGUAAAUGCUGCUGAAUCAAAAGGUAUUUCUAAGUCUUUGAAGAACUCUGUAAUUAAUAAAAAACAGAGUUCUACUUCUAAAUCUAAAAAACCACUUGAAGAUUCUUUUGGUAUGAUGGAAAGAAACACUGUUGAUAUGAAGAUUAUGAGAGCAUUAUGUGCUAAUGGCAUUCCUUUCAAUGUUCUACGUAAUCCUCAAUUUCAAGAGACGAUAACAGCCAUAAACAGGGCACCUGCUGGUUAUAAGGCUCCUUCAUAUGAUAAAGCGCGAACCGUUUUGCUUGACGAGUGUGUGAGAGAUGUGGAAAAGGGGCUGACUUCAGUGAAGGAUACAUGGUAUACACAGGGGGUUUCUAUUGUGUCGGAUGGUUGGUCCAAUGUUAAACAUCGACCAUUAAUCAAUGUUAUUGCUACCAACAGCCGUGGAGCCAUGUUUAUGUAUGCAGAGGACUUUUCUGGUGUAGAGAAGACAGGAGAAGCAAUUGCAAACUUCUUGCUUGAAGCCAUAGAAACCGUAGGACCAAGGAAUGUUCUACAAGUUGUUACCGACAAUGCGGAAAACUGUAAGGCUGCUGGAAAGGAGGUGGAGAAGGUACAUAAACAAAUUUUUUGGUCUCCUUAUUGUGUCCAUACUUUGAAUUUAAUUUUUAAAGAUCUUGCAAUUGAUUGUUUUUGGCUAAUGGACACAUAUAGGAAAGGGAAAAUAGUUGUUAAGUAUUUUCUUAAUCACACCCAUGCAUUGGCUAUUUUUAGAGAAAAUUCACAAUUGGAAUUGUUAAAAGUAGCCAAAACAAGAUUUGCAUCUCAUUAUAUUUUGCUGAAAAGGUUAUGGGAUUGUAGAGAGUCUCUUUCUACUACAAUUGUCCUUAAUUCAUGGAGAAAAUGGCUGAAAAAUACUGAUACAAACACUAGGCAAAGUGGAUUAUUAGUUGCUGAUACAAUUAAAAGUGAAAACUUUUGGGAUGAUGUGGAAAGUGUCCUUGCUGUUACAAAACCAAUAUUCUUGAUGGUUAAAUUUUGUGAUGGUGAGGGAUCAAAGAUGGGAGAAAUUUAUGAGAAAAUGGAUAACAUGCUAGGAGAGAUUAAGGAUGUCAUGAUGAAUCAUCGUUAUGCUGAGUAUUACCCUCGAUUGGAGAAGAUUAUACUAGCAAGGUGGGAGAAGAUGACAAUCCCUUUGCAUUGUUUAGGAUUUGCAUUAUCUCCACGAUUUUAUGAUAAAAAUUAUCUUGAGGAGAUGGCACCAGGUGGAGUUCAUAGGAAAGCUCCAAAUCUUGAUAAGGAGGUUAUGGUUGGUGUAAUGGAAUCUUUUAAGAGGAUCGCGGAAAGUGGAGAAGAGGAGCGUCUUCUACGUGAGAAAUUCGCUACUUUUCACAUGAAAAAAGGCCUUUAUGCAUUGGCGGCAGCUCACAUGGAUGCAGUGACCAUGGAUGCUAUUGAUUGGUGGUCAAGUUACGGGUCAGAAACGCCCGAACUUGCUGUUAUAGCAAAGAAAUUUUUAUCACAACCUAUUAGUAGUUCAUCAGCCGAGAGAAACUGGAGUACGUACUCUUACAUACAUAAUGUCAAGAGAAACCGAUUGAACUCCAAAAGGGUUGAUAAAUUGGUGUUUAUACAUUCAAAUAUUCGUCUCCAAUCAAGAUUCUCCAAAAGUUACACAUCCGGGCCACACAAGAAGUGGAAUGUAAAUCCCGAAAGCACUAACUUGGAAGAGUCAAGUAUAAGACUUGAAGAAAUGAAGUGGGAAAAUCUAGAAGAUGUUGAGAGAGUAGCUGAUGAUGGGAAUGAAAAAAGGCAAAGGAAAGAGUAA